UCGGCCCGUUCCUACUCCGAACUGGUCCAAUAGUGAGCCUGCUAACUUUUGCAUUUGAAACAGAACCACAACCGGACAGAACCGCUCUCACCGUUCGGCAUCUCCGUCUCUUUGCGGAGGCGCAACACCGUGAACGCUGCCGCCAAAAAGUGCUCAAGAAUUUCAGAUGCUGGGAAAAGGAAGGAAGGUUUCGGGGCGGGGCGAAGCAGUGGCAGCCAACUAUGCCUUUGGUCCUGCUGAAGAUGAUAUAAUUAUCAAACACAGGCUUCUCACCCGUACAACAACCACAAGGGGUGAGCCUCCGUUGAAGAAGCUUCAGAAGAAGUUCACCUCUUUCGUCUCCGAGGUUGACAAGGAGGAAGAUAACUACAAUGACUGUGAAAAGCUUGCCAGAGCUUUUCUGCAGGAAUUGACCACUUUUGAGAUUCCACUUCUAAAGAGCAAAGCAAUUGUUGAGGCCAAUAUUAGAGAGAAGGAAAAUUUCAAUGAGUUGAAAGAUGAAAUGAAUCGGCAGAUCUUGCAGGCACAGGCCGACAUUGAAGAUCUUAAGAAGCAACUUGAAGAGAGUAAGGUUGAGAGGCGGCAUAAGGAGGAGUGCGAGGCUAUCAGGAAAUUGAUUGCUAUGCAGCCACCAAGAUCAGAGACACAGAAGCUUAUAACAGAGUUAGAGAAAGAAAUAGCAGCAUUAGAUGCAGAUAACACUGCUGGUUCGAGAUUGUUGGAGCUUCGGAAGAAGCAGUUUGCUCUUUUGUUGCAUGUGGUGGAUGAGUUGCAGAACACAAUAGAGGAAGAGCAAAAGAGUCUAGUUGAGGAGAUGAGAAUAGCAACUGAGGAGCUUAAGAAUGGGAUGGAGGACGCAAACGGGGGGCCGGAAGCAAUGGCAAUUGACCAGUAACUGGAUUGAAUAUCAGUCUUGCUGUUGUAACGUCUCUUACAUUUCAAUCAUGGUUUAUUUUUCUAAAGGGAUUUAGGAAAAUAUUCAAAUGAAUUAUCACUAGUAUUGUGCUAGGGCUCAGUGAUACUUGUGCAUUUUGAUGUAAUUUUCUGUGAUAUUUCAUCUGACAAUACGUUCUGUAUUGUUGGAGUUUUCUUCAUUACGGGUUUUUUUUUUUUUUUUUGGCAAAAGAAAAGAAUCCAUGGUACGCUAUUUGUAUGGGUGUAUUACAAAUGAAACAAUUCGGGACUGGGAUAUGAUAAUUUUUUAAAAACUAGAAUAUAAAUAU